GGGGACUGGGUAGGGCUUGCGUGGGUUUGUUUUGGUUUUUGACUUCCACUCCCGGAUCUAUGAGAUUAGACGGAUAUGGAAUCUCAUCAUGUGUCGAUAUGCAAGACAAGUGUACUUGUAUACUACUAGCACUAGUAGGUGGGCACCACCACCACCACCAUUGAUUCUCAACAACCCACGUCCGAUCUCGGUGCCCGAACGACAACCCCAAUACUUCAAUAUCUUUACAACGUCACCAGCAACACGUACCUACAGUAGCCACGCACACCCUACUCGCAACCUCCCCAACCCAGCACUCCAACCCCAAACUCGCAAGAUGUCAUCAACAUCAACACCAACACCAACCCCGCAACCAGACCCCCGCUACGUCCAACUCUUCGACGACCUCUCUACCCGCUUUGCGCAGACCUCGCUACCCCCGGAAAAAUGGUACAUCCUCGCCAUAUCCACAAUAGUCGCCCACCGGGACCCGGAACGCUGCGACCAGCUCUACCUGCACCUAAUCAACCAAGCGCCCUACAGCACCCCAUCAGCUAGACAAGCACUGAUCCGGCGCCUCCGCGAGGCCCUCUUCAAAAGCAUCAUCAUAGUGGGCGUGUGCAAGCCCAUCGAGGCCAUCCUCGCAAUCAGCAAAUACGAACGCGAAGAAGACAAGGACUACACCUUCACGCGCGAGAACUGGCAAUGCGACCAGGCCAACCAUGACCGCGGCGUAGCGUGGCUGGAGAAGCUGUAUGCGCGGAACACGACCGGGACGCUGGAUUUGUUCCGCGCGCAUCAGGACUUCGGGUGGUUGUCGAAGGAGAUUACGUAUGGGUUGUUUUUGUCAGAUCGGGGGGUCUUGGAUGAUCUUGAUACGGAGAUGGUGGUGUUGCCGGCUAUCAUGAGCCAGAAUCUGAAGAAUGAGACGCAUUGGCAUAUUCGCGGGACGAGGAGGCUGGGGGUCAGCAUGGAGGAUGUGAAGGUUGUUUGGGAGUGUAUUCAGCUUGUUGCUGGGUUUUAUGGGGUGGAGUUGGAUAAGGUGCCUACUGUUGAGGAGGUGGAAAGUGAUGUUUGAUUUUUUGGGCAUGGUUUGCAUUUAUAGACAUCUUGGAUUGCGAUGAUGAUGAUGGAAUGUGUUUACGAUUGAAUGUGAACCUGCUAGAGG